UUCUCCUCUUGUGUUUCACAACAUGCAAUUCAUUGGAAUGCUUUUCCUCAUUUAGUGCUACAUCAACCAAUGGACUUUUUUACAUAAAAAUUCAUAACCCCUCAUAUCUCUUCUCUCCUUUUUCCUCCCGGUUUUGUUCUUUGAUCAAGGCAACAUUAUGGGAAGGAGGACUCCGUCGAGUAAUUCUUCGCCGGAGUCGGACCUCGAUACGAUCAAAGUUCAACCUCGGGACAGCGGUCCGAAUCUAGAGGAACGUGAUCGGUACCCUGCACAUUAUUCUAACCAAUAUUCUCGUCCUCCGGGGCCGCCGCCUAAUUAUCAGCCCUAUACAAAAUGGUUUCCAUGGCUAGUACCUAUUGUUGCUAUUGUCAAUGUCGGUCUUUUUGUUCUUGUUAUGUACGUAAAUGAUUGUCCUCGUAAUAGUCAAAAUUGUUUUGGAACCGAGAUCUUUGGUCGUUAUGCAUUUCAAGAUGUCCAUGAGAACCCUUUACUUGGUCCCUCCACAACAACGUUACAAAAGUUGGGUGCUCUUGACGUGAAAAAAGUGGUUGAAGGUCGUCAAUUAUGGAGAUUACUUUCUUGCAUGUGGUUACAUGCUGGUGUAUUUCAUGUUGCUGCAAAUAUGUUGAGCUUGUUAUUUGUAGGUAUUCGUCUUGAGCAAGAGUUUGGAUUUGUGAGAAUUGGUCCACUCUAUGUUUUGGCUGGGGUUGGAGGGAGUCUAUUAUCAGCUCUAUUUGUGAGGAAAAAAAUCUCUGUUGGUGCUUCUGGUGCAUUGUUUGGUCUACUUGGAGCUAUGCUAUCUGAACUCCUCACAAAUUGGACAUUAUAUGAAAACAAGUUGGCCACACUGCUUACUUUGCUCCUCAUAAUUGCGAUAAAUCUAGCUGUUGGAAUUCUUCCUCAUGUGGACAAUUUUGCACAUCUUGGAGGAUUUAUAACUGGAUUUCUUCUUGGUUGUGUCCUUUUGAUUCGUCCACAAUUUGGAUGGGUGGAUAAGAAAAAAGCACCUUCUGGCUAUUUUGCGGCAUCAAAAAAAUCCAAGUACAAGAUUUAUCAAUACAUACUAUUGAUUAUGUCAUUAGCAAUUUUUUUAACUGGGUUUAUUCUUGGUCUAAUUCUUCUAACAAGUGGAUGGGAUGGUAACACACAUUGCUCUUGGUGUCAUUACUUAAGUUGUGUCCCAACACCUCUAUGGUCCUGUACUGAAGCACGUUGUGCGACCACCCAGCUAGGGAACCAAAUGAACAUGACGUGCACAUCUAAUCAUAAAAAUGGGACUUAUAUUUUGUCAAACCCCAACAACACUAUAGAGAUUCAAAUGCUAUGUUCCAAACUUUGCAAAUGAAGAGUUCAUAGUUGGAAAACUAUUGUUUGUGGUGAAAAUUAUGAUGCAAUAUUUUUUGUGGUUCAUUGCCCAAGAACACAAGCUUUGGAGACUACAAAAAAUUAUGUAAACCUUCAUUUAAACAAGUAUAUAUAUCUACAUAUAGUUAUUAUUAUCAGUGAAAUUUUUGUUGUUUCUUUUUCUUUUCUUUGUGUUCUGCUUUCAGAGAUAUCUCAUCUGUAUUUUUGUAAUUGCUCUCACCAGUGUACACCACCAUAUGUAAAUCCUUCUAUUGUUGAUA